AUGCUCAGAAACACUCUGCUCAGAAGAUCAAUUUCAACAAUAUCCCCUAAGAAAUACGGCGGAAGAUUUCAGAUCACUCUGAUUCCAGGUAAUGGCAUAGGUAAAGAAGUCACCGAUUCCGUACGUUCAAUCUUUCAAGCUGAAAAUUUACCCAUUGAUUGGGAAAUAGUAAACAUCGAAUCUCAUAGAGAUGGUAUCAAAACCGCUGUGGACUCCAUCAAGAGAAAUAAAAUCGCUCUCAAAGGUAUCUGGUCAAGUGACCCCAUCGAUGGCUCAUUGAAUGUCGCCUUAAGAAAACAAUUAGAUAUAUUCGCUAACGUCGCAAUUUUCAAAUCUUUCGAUAACGUCAAUACUAGAAUACCAAACGUAGAUCUAGUCGUCAUUAGAGAAAAUACUGAAGGCGAAUUCUCCGGUCUAGAACAUGAGUCUGUAGACGGUGUCGUCGAAUCUCUGAAAAUAGUAACUAAACCAAAAACUGAAAGAAUCGCAAGAUUCGCAUUCGAUUUUGCAAAGAAACACAAUAGAAAUCAUGUCACCGCAGUACAUAAAGCUAAUAUAAUGAAAUUGGGCGAUGGUCUUUUCAAAAAUAUAGUGGCUCAUAUCGGUAAUAACGAAUAUCCAGAAAUUAAAAACUCGUCAAUAAUCGUAGAUAAUGCUUCGAUGCAAGCUGUCGCCAAACCACACCAAUUUGAUGUCCUCGUAUCCCCGUCUAUGUACGGUACCAUCCUAGGUAACAUCGGUGCCGCAUUGAUCGGAGGACCCGGUCUAGUACCAGGGGCAAACUUUGGUAGAGACUACGCCGUCUUCGAACCAGGUUCAAGACACGUAGGUCUCGAUAUCAAGGGCCAAAACGUCGCAAAUCCCACCGCAAUGAUACUCUCAGCUACAUGGAUGCUAAGACAUCUGGGGCUCACCUCUCCAGCUGAAAGAAUCACUAACGCCGUCAAACACGUCAUCGCCCAAGGAACAACUGUCACAAAAGAUAUCGGUGGCACCGCAUCCACCACAGAAUUCACUGACGCUGUAAUAAAUGAACUUCAAUCAACUGUAUAG